CGCCGGUGGGCUCGCUGGGCGUGGGCGUGCUGGGCGCCGGCGUGUCCUACGUGCCCGCGCCGCACCCCCCUCCCCACAUGGUUGCGGCCGUGCCCGCCUACGCGAUGGUGGCGGCGGCCGCGGCGGCGGCGCAGCAGCCGCCCGCCUACCUGCCGCACCCGCACCCGUUGGCGUACGGUGCGAUGGGGGGCGGCGCGGCGGUGGCGGGCGGCGCGGGGCAGCACGGCCCGCUGCCCGCGCAGCAGCAGAGGAACUUCCGGAAAGUUGGUGUGGGCAGCGGCGUAGGCGUGGCGGCGGCGACCGGGCAGCCGCUGCUGACGCCGGCGCCCAUGCAGCCCUUCGUGCCCGCCGUGUACCCGCCGCCCCACCACCAGCAGCAACCCGCGCUCCACUACCAACAUAUGCCGAACUUCCAAGUGCGCAUGUACCACGGCGGCGGCGUGUCGUCCAUGCCGAGCAUGGGGUCCAUGGGGUCCAUGGGGUCCAUGAGCAUGCCGGAGUACGCGCCGCCCGCGCCCUCCCCCGCCGCCGCGUCGCCCGCGCUCUACCCGCCGCCCUCCCCCGCGCACACCCCCCACUCGCACCAGCACCAGCACCAGCACACGCACACGCACCCCAUGCAGCCGCAUCCGCAUCCCCAUCCGCAUCCACAUCCCCAUCCGCACCAUCACUACCAGCAGCCGCCUUUCCAGGUGCUGUGCCCACUGAUGGGCCCCGGGGGUGGGCAGCACCACCACCACCACCACGUGGCGUAUCUCAACCACGCGCCGCCCACCGCCUCGCCGCCGCAGCCACACCCCCACCAGCUGCAGCUGCUGCCGGGCGGAGGCGGCGUGGGCGGCGGCGCCAGCACGCCGGGCCUGCACGCGCACCCGUGAGCCCGCCGCGCCCCCCGCGCCGCACCCUCCACCCCCGCCACACCCCCACACACGCGCCCGCCGUGCUAGGCGC